AUGAGCUUCAUAGGUAUCUCUGCAUCAUUUAGAGGAGGUCGAGUUGUCACUCGCCGAGCCUGCAAUCCUGUUUAUUCCCUGCGUGGCUCUUUGCUUCGACAGGCUCGGACGUUCUCAGAGGAGCAGAAAACGUACGAUGGCGACUUGCGACCCAUAAAGGGUCGGUUUGAUCUCUCUGGAAAGAACAUUAUUGUCACCGGUGGUGCUAGGGGCAUUGGUUAUUCAGCUGUCCGUGCCAUUGCCGAAAUGGGUGGGAAUGUGUGUGUUUGGGACGUGGCCUCAAAACCUGUGGCAGAUUUUGCAUCGUUGGCAGAUGAGUUCAAUGUGAAGACAGAAUACAUCCAGACUGAUGUGACCAACCCAGAGGGUUUGAACGGCGCUUUCAACCAAACAAUGACCCAUUUUGACCGCCUGGAUGGUUGUGUUACUGCCGCGGGCGUCGUUAUCGAAGGUCCAUUUGUGGACUGUGAGUACAAACCUGUGGCAAAACUCCUAGACGUGAACGUCCUCGGCACUUUCCUUACAGCACAGCUUGCCGCAAGGCAAAUGCAAAAGCAAGGCGGCGGAGGCAGCAUUGUCCUCAUCGCAUCCGUCUCAGCUACUACAAAGACCCCAGGGCAUCAGUUGUCUCCAUAUAAUGCCUCUAAAGCUGCUGUUCGCAUGCUUGGGCAAGCCAUCAGUAUUGAGCUUGGCCCGGAUCAGAUCCGCGUCAACUGCGUUUCGCCAGGAUACACUGAUACUGAACUCCUCACGCCUUUCAAGGAGCAGCAGCCACAGAGAGUGGACCUGAUGAACAAGGCGCCUCCCUUAGAGAGAAUCGGCAAUCGCAACGACUUGACUCCUGCAAUCGUAUACCUCUUGAGCGAGGCAUCCUCAUACACCACUGGAACAGACAUCCAAGUUUCUGGAGGGUUGCACGUCGGUCGCGUCGAUGUGGAGUAA